UCUCUAUACGUUUGGUUUGUAUUCCAGUGUUGGGCUGAUACGGAGUGCAUUCACGGUGGGAAAUGACUGGUAAAAUGCAUGUAGUCAUGCUUCCAUGGUCGGCCUUCGGCCACAUGAUUCCGUUUUUUCACCUUGCCAUCGCCAUAGCUAAAGCAGGAAUCCGAGUUUCACUGGUAUCUACUCCAAGGAACAUCCAGAGACUGCCUAAACCUCCACCAAAUUUGUCAUCUCUGAUAAAGUUCGUGGAACUUCCCUUUCCAGUAAUGGAGAAUGGGAGUAUCUUGCCUGAGGGUGCUGAGGCUACUGUUGAUAUGCCCUUUGAAAAAAUUCAGUACUUGAAGGCUGCUCUUGAUCUCCUUCAACACCCCUUCAAGCAGUAUGUUGCUGAUACUUCACCAGAUUGGAUAAUCAUCGAUUUCUUCUCGCAUUGGGUCAGUUCAAUUGCUCGAGAACAUGGGGUACCGCUCGUGUACUUCUCUGUUUUCUCGGCUUCCACACUUGCCUUCCUUGGGCCUGCUUAUUCCCUCGUUGGAGAUGGUCGAAGGAGACUUAGGCCAUCUCCGGAGAGUAUGACAUCACCACCGGAAUGGAUCAGUUUUCCAUCUUCAGUGGCUUUUAAGGGCUAUGAGGCAAAAGCCGUCUAUUCCGGCUUCUUUACUGAUAACGCUUCUGGAACAACUGAUGCUGCAAGGUAUGUCGAGAUCAUUAAUUCAUGUCAAGCCGUGGCUGUGCGUAGUUGUGUGGAGUAUGAAGGUGAAUACCUGAAUUUACUUGGAAAUCUCAUGGGCAAGCCGGUGAUUCCUGUGGGUUUGCUCCCGCCGGAAAAGCCAGAAGGGAGAGAAAUUCAAAUCAAUGAUGGGUCAUGGGGGGAGAACUUCAAAUGGCUUAAUGAACAAAAGCCCAAGUCAGUUGUGUUUGUAGGGUUUGGGAGUGAGUGUAAGUUGACAAAAGACCAAGUUCAUGAGAUAGCUUAUGGGCUAGAGCUAUCCGAAUUGCCAUUUCUGUGGGCACUCAGAAAACCCAACUGGGCUAUUGAAGAUGCCGAUGCCCUACCUUCCGGUUUCAGUGACCGGACCUCCGGCAGGGGGAUGGUGUGUAUGGGAUGGGCACCACAGAUGGAGAUUCUAGAACACCCAUCAAUCGGAGGUUCAUUGUUUCAUUCUGGGUGGGGUUCAGUGAUAGAAACCCUUCAAUUUGCGCACUGUCUUGUUGUAUUGCCCAUCAUUAUUGACCAAGGUUUGAAUGCAAGGCUGCUUGUGGAGAAGGGUUUGGCUGUGGAAGUAGAGAGAAGAGAAGACGGAACCUUUAGCAGGGAAGACAUAACCAAGUCUUUGAGACUUGCCAUGGUGUCCGAGGAAGGGGAGAAGCUGAGGAUCCAUGCAAAAGGGGCAGCUGCCAUAUUUGGCGACCCGAAGCUCCAUCAGGAUCACUAUAUAGGAGGGUUUGUUGAGUAUCUGAAAAAUGGAAUUGCAAAGCAGAAGUGAUAUGUCUCAUGCAGUACUAGUGAGAAGAUUAAAGUGUACCAUGUUCAUUAGAUUUAUUCACUCAACAGCAACAUGGUAACCAUCAAUCUGAUUGUCAUUAGCUUUAUGACAACCAUAAAGUUCUGGACAUUAUAUUAAAGGUUUCUGUCGGUGGAGGAUAUGAAUGAAUACCUACUAGAUGAAAAGUAAA